AUGGCUUUCCUCAGUUACAGCUCCUUACAGCUUCAUUCUCACAUCCAUUUCACAAGCUACCACUCCCAUGAAAAGCUGCCAGACUUAUAUGCAUCAGUUGAGAAUUUUAGAAAAGAAAGCAAGAAAUCAAAUCUCCUAAAAUCUUGUGGCAUUUCACUUAAGGAAGCACAGGAACUACUUUCUAAAAACCUGAAUAUUAUGUCCUUCACACACCAUACCAGUAGGAGAAGAGCCCCCCGACCUAGUUCUGGGAGAAUUGGAGUUAAAAAGGAAGAGCAAAAGCCACUGUCCAUGGUGGAACUCCUUCAUCACAGGCUGCUCAUAUGCUCCCAUUCUCCACUGGAACGAAUCUCUAGAUCCCAGCACAGACUGGCCCAGGGAGGCAUUCCUCCUCCAGCGCACACAUUUCCUUACAGCGUUAUGGUCAGCGACACCAACAUUAUGUCAUGGGCUGCCAUUAAGAAGAAGUUUCAGAGCACCAAAAUACUAGGCAAGAUCAUGCUGGCUACUUCCAGUGCCACUGAGCCCCAACAUCAGCCAAUCUUGGGUGACAGAGCUCAAAUCAGACACUUGGCAGCAGAGCCAGAAAAACAGUUCCUGGACCUAAGGGAACUAGAAUGGAGGUAUUUCAAGGGACUUGCGAAAUGGAAGCACACAACCAAACCUUCACCCAUGGAUGUCAAAUAUGACACUGAGAGGAGAUUUGUAGAAAGCCAGGGCAUGCCUGGUAUGAUCUUACCUCCUCUCAUUUGUAAGUCUUUUGUCAUUUAUCCUCAAAUUGACUAUGAGGAAGAAGGAAACUAUACUCUUAACUGGAAUUUCUAG